UUUUCACUGAUAUAAGCUGAGCAAAGCAAGCUCUUUUGCAUCUAUUUAGCAAAUUGAUUUUAUUAUUUGCACUGUGAUUCUAUACAAAUAUUUAAACUAUUUAAAAACCAUUUAAAAAUUUAACGACUGCUAAGUCUAGGCAACUAAGAGACAUUGUUUUUAAGAAUCGUACAUUAUUUUAAAAGAGUUUAAUUUGUACACAAUUAAAUCGGCGUCUUAAAUAAAACAGUUGAAUUAUACCCGUGGCGCUUGUCGAGCGACACACAAUCAGACCGAAAAUAUGGGAGUCCCGAAAUUCUUUCGCUAUAUCAGCGAACGCUAUCCCAAUUUAAGUGAAUUAGUGGGAUCAGCUGAGCUACCACAAUUUGAUAACAUGUAUUUGGAUAUGAAUGGAAUUAUUCACGUUUGCUCGCAUCCGGACGAUUCAAAUGUUCAUUUUCGCAUGAGUGAAGAACAAAUGUUUCGUGAUAUUUUGCACUACAUUGAUACAUUAUUCCACAUGAUUCAACCGCGUAAAUUAUUUUUCAUGGCUGUUGAUGGCGUUGCUCCACGUGCUAAAAUGAAUCAACAACGUAGCAGAAGAUUCCAAUCAGCCCGAACUGCUUUGGAGUUGAUUGAAAAGGCAAAGAAGGCAAAUGAAAAGCUACCCGAAGAGAGUCGAUUCGAUAGCAACUGCAUUACACCGGGAACUAUAUUUAUGGAAAGACUUCAACAGGCUUUCAAGCAUUUUGUUAAGCUAAAAUUAUCCACCGAUCCAGCAUGGCAACAUUGUCGCGUUAUUUUAAGCGGACACGAGACGCCGGGCGAAGGCGAGCAUAAAAUCAUGGAAUACAUUCGGUAUUUGAAAGCACAAUCCAGCUAUGACCCAAACACACGUCACUGCUUAUAUGGAUUGGAUGCCGAUUUGAUAAUGUUGGGUUUGUGUACACAUGAACCCAAUUUUGCGUUGUUGCGCGAAGAAGUUAAAUUUGAUAAGAAUGCAAAGCGUGCACCAUCCGUUGACGAAACAAAGUUUUAUUUACUGCACUUGGGAUUACUCAGAGAAUAUUUGGAACUGGAAUUUAUCGAAUUGAAACCUGCAUUAUCAUUUGAAUAUGAUUUAGAGAAAAUUAUCGACGAUUGGAUUUUCAUGUGUUUUAUGGUUGGCAAUGAUUUUUUGCCACACUUGCCAAAUUUACAUAUCAACUCCAAUGCUUUGCCAAUCCUAUACAAAGUGUACAAAACAGUAUUGCCACAACUUGACGGAUACAUGAAUGAAGUGGGUAAACUGAACUUGAAGCGAUUCGAAGUGUUUAUGGGUGCAAUGAGCGAUAUUGAUCGCGACCUAUUCCGUGAAAGAUAUGAAGACCUCCAGUAUAUGGAGUCAAAGCGUAAUGACGCCGAAACAUUUGGUACCGCGACGGAAGAAAUAACUGCCGAGACAAAGACUGAUUUGGACGAACUGAUUAGACAAACCAAUUUGGACUUUGGUUCGGGUACAAGUAGCUCGGAUGAUAGCGGUGACAGUGACAGUGAAGGUGAAUUCAUGUUUGAUGGGCAAGAGCGGGAGGAAGUUUUUAAAGGUUGUGAAGAAGAAGACGAACUUUCCGAUGACGAACUCUUCGAAAAAGAAUUUAAAUUGCACAAACGCGAUUAUUACAUAAACAAAUUAAAGUAUCCGGAAAUGACCGAGGAAGUAUUGGCCGAACAAACAAAGUGUUAUAUCACAGCAUUGCAAUGGACUUUAGGUUAUUAUUAUCGUGGUGUAUGCUCUUGGUCAUGGUAUUAUCCGCAUCAUUAUGCUCCGUACAUAUCGGACAUUUCAAAUUUUGCGCACCUCAAUUUGGAUUUUGCAUUGGGUAAACCAUUUUUACCAUUCGAGCAAUUGUUAUCCGUCUUGCCGGCCGCCAGUAAAGAGUUAUUGCCAAAGGUGUACCACAGCUUAAUGACCGAUCCGAAUAGCAAGAUUAUCGAUUAUUAUCCCGUUGACUUUGAAACGGAUUUGAAUGGCAAGAAACAAGAAUGGGAAGCACUAGUUUUAAUUCCAUUUAUCAAUGAGAUGCGAUUGAUGGAUGCUAUGAAUGAUUGUAAUGACAAACUAAGCGAACAUGAACGUAUUCGUAAUUCACACGGGCCAAUGCUACAGUAUGAUUACUGUGCAACUAAUCAAGGCUCGCAGCCGGAAUGCUUGGGUCAACAAAUGAUUGGUCACGUUUUUUGCAAAGAAACAAAAAUCGAUCGAUCCGAAAUAAUUGUACCUGAAGAUAAACUAGUGUUAGGACCAUGUCCACGCGCCCAAAAAGAUGUUUACUUCCCCGGUUUUCCAACAAUGAGACAUUUGAAACAUUCGGGAAAACUGGAAACAAAACGUGUCAAAGUAUUCCAUCAGCCAACGCGUAAUGAAUCGAUGAUCAUAAAAAUUGACGAAAAACCACCACAUGUCGAUAUUCAAACAUUGGCCCAACAGUUCAUUGACAAGGAAAUUUAUGUGGGUUGGCCACACCUGAGGGAAGCAAAGGUAUGCGGUGUAAGUGAUGCCAACACCAAAAUUGAAAAGACAGGAAUUGAAGUAUUUGAUGGUAAAAAUGGCAACCCCAAUUCGAAUAGCGAAUUUAAAUUACUGGUCAAACAUGUUAAAGACCAUCACUUGACGCGGCUCGGCGUCGAUUUGGGUGAAACAGACCAAUUGUUACACGUCUAUCCGUUGCUAAAUCGUGAAUAUCUAAAUACGGGCGAUGGCAAACUAACUCUAUCGAAAAAUUGGUCAAAAAUUCCAUUGGCCAUAGCUCCAAUAUCGGUUGUACAAAAUGUAGUUGUAUUUGCAAAGGAUUUAGAGAAUUUUAAGCGUGUUGAAGACGUAUUCACUAAAAAUUCGACCGUUUUCUUAAUGAACAAAGGCUAUUAUGGAUGCCAAUCGACAAUUCUUGAUGAACAUUUCUACAAUGGUCGCAUAAAACUGACAACUACGGCACAUCCGGUGCCCGAUUUCACCACAGCCAAACAAUUGUAUGAGCAUGAAUUGCAUGGAUAUGUUAAUGCAUGGAUAGCCGGUUCCCAAAGUGGUGUAUCGUCGCACUUAUUCAAUCGAAUCACUGGUAUCGUUUUCAUUUACUAUGGAGAGCGUCGCUAUCCAGUUUCAGACAAUGACAAGAAGAUCAAUGUUGGACUUCAAUUUAAACAUUUUAAACAGAAUGAAGAGGUUCCCGGCUAUACAAAAAGCUUCAACAAUCAAUGGCUCUACUCACAAGAAACAAUCAAUGUGGUUCAAUCAUAUGCCAUGAAAUUUCCACAGCUAUUUCAAUUGAUGAAUAAACAGGGAAAAGCACAAUCCGAUCCAAUAUUUGAGUCCGAUUUAAAUGCUGACAAAAAGGAGGACGAGGAGAAUGUUCUGAAACAAAUUCAACAAUGGCUCAAAGGUUUACCGUGCAGAACAAUUGCACGACAACCAUGUGGCACUCAAUGCCUCUCACGACAAGCAAUCGAUCAAGUUGCAAAGAUUAUUGACAAUCUACGGAAUGAACCAAUUCGAAAAGUUAGUCUACAAGUAAAACCGCAUCUUUUAUACAAGCCAAAUUUGAACGAUAUAAAAGUGUUGCCAGAUCCAUCGGCCACAUUUGAACUAUUCGAUCGCGUUGUCAUAGCCAGAGAUCAAUAUUCGGUGCCAUUGGGCUUGCGUGGAACAAUCAUAUCGAUAUUGCCACGAAAUGACCCAAAUCCAAUUCGACAAGAGAAUAUCAAUGUUGUCGAUUACAUUUAUGAAAUAUUGUUCGAUGAACCAUUCGAACUGGGCACAUCAAUUCCUGACAUCGCCGAAAAACGCGUAUUCAAAGUACGCAAAUCGGUAUUGAUUAAUAUUACUCAUGGUGCAGGUCGUCCGAUCAAAGAGCAACGAUCAUUUGGAAUGACUCAACGCCAAAAGAAUGGUGCAGUCAAUGAGCCAUUACCUCCGCAAAAUGCAUGGCGAGUGAAACCGUUUGAACCAAGGUUUGAACGCAAAGAAGUGCUCGCAAAAGACGUGCUGGUAAAACCAAGUGAGCCACCAAAAUCGUGGCGAGUGCCCGAUAAUAAAGCACUUGAACGCAAAGAAAAUGACGUCACACCUGUAAAUGUAAAUCCCGUCGAACCACCGACAGCCGAAUUUGAAUUGAUUAAUUUGGCUGACAAAGUAAAUGCAAGGGAACGUCAAAUGCGAACCAUUUCCACAGAAGAAGAUGUGCUCAAAAAAAUGCUUGGCUUAAGUCAAAAUAAAUCCCUUGCCGAAAGUCAGCCAAACGGUAACGGUAACAUUAAUAACGAUAUGCAUCGUAUCGAUUUGAAUGCACUGUUUGGUAAAGCAGAGAAGAAUGCAACCGAUUUGGGUAAUGGUCAAUUGCCAUUGCCAUUGCCGACGCUUUCUAAUCUUCCAAAGCCACCGGCAUCCUGGCAUCAAAAGUCGAAAAAUAAUGAAACGAACAAUGCUUCACAGCAAUUUUUGUCGCAAUUACAACAACCAUCACAACAGCAUCCACUAUACGCGCCAAAUGUGCCAAUGAAUAUCCCACCACCACAAAUGCAUCACCAGCCAUUUUUCCCACCGCAUAUGUUACCUCCAACGAAUAUGAUGCCAUAUGGUCAUGAGAUGUUUACGCAUGGAAUUCCACCGCCACCGCAUGUACCACCGCAUGUGCCACCGUACAUGUAUCGGCCUCCAAUGUACAUGCAAGCACCGAAUUAUCCGAUGCAUCAGAUGAUGCCAGUUAUUCCAGGGCCACAACCAUUCAAUCAUCAACAAAUCCGAAUGUCAGCUCAUUACGAUGCAUCCCAUUACGAUGCAUCACAUCGACAAAUGAAUGAACCGACAACCAUUAAGCAUAAUUCACCCGAAGGUCCACAAAAAUUAAAACCAAAAAAUGGCACCAGCAGUGCUUUCAUUCCACUACAGGCUGCCAGAAAGGGGAUUAAGGGAAAAUCCAACGCAAACACUGACUUGGCAGCGAAACAGGAUACAAAUUUAGAUAAAUCGACAGAAGAAGAUAAAAAUGUACAGAGUCCAGAAGUAGAAAUACUCAAAAACAAUGGCACACCAGCAAAAGCGGUGCCACAAAUCAAACAAAAAUCCGAAACUAAAAAUAAAGAAAACAAAAAGGAUGCAUCCAAUUUUAAGCCGCCACCAAAGCGAUUGGCUUGUAACUUUUCGGUUACAAAUAAUUAAACAGAAAAUCAAAAUGUUCAAAUUGUACGAUAAACUGUACAUUUCAAAAAUUCAAGGAAAAGAAAACAGAACGAAUAGGGUCAACAAUAAAAGCAGUGACGUUUUUUGCCAUUUAUUUGGCAGAAAAACAAAAGAA